UAACCUAAUUGCCAUGUUUUAUCUUUUUUUUUUAGUUUUAACCCGGACCGAUGACUGAUGAAAUCCGAAGUCGUAUGCUUUUUUGAGUCCUAUGUUGUCACGAAUGUAAGGAGCAGACUAGAGCAUUUGCCUCGGUGCCUUUCAGUACCUUGGAUAGCUCCUCCCACUCGUAGGCUGCCACGAGUCAGUUAGAUGCUAAAGCCCCGCUGCACGGUCUGUGCUUCCACUUCAGUAAGGAGACUUAGUUCUGCAACUUACAAGACCAUCUAGCAUAUCUACCAGAGGGAGAAAACAUUUCACACGUUUGAAGAAGCCAGAGAAGCAGGACUUCUUGCUGUUGGGCUAGCAAGUGCACAAAGUUAAAUUUCAUUGAAAAUAAUCUGGCUAAAAUGAUAAACAAUUAAUUAAAAUCAGUAACAUGUUAGGCAGGCAACCUUUCUGUAAAAAAGCAAAUAAACCCACUCAAGAAGGUCAGGUCAGUUCCAACAGUCAUAACGAAAACAGUUUGAAUCCUGCAUCACAUAAACUUCAAGAAACAAACAGCGCUUGAGCAGUGUUAAUAUACGUUUUAUUGCUUCUUCAUUUAAGAGAUCCACUUGUAGUCACCGAAAAAUUCAGUUUCAUCUGUUGAUUGACUUGCAAACGGUACUAGAACAUUGCCGGGUGCGAAGCAGCUUGCCUCAGAUAGUUCUCAUCUUGGAUGUAUUAUCAACCUGUGGGUAGAGUUGAGACCGAGAAGAGGUACGACUGGAAACCAUUCAUACAAGGAAUUGUGAGUAACUUAAGGAAACUAAACUAAACGUUCCAAAGCACGAGCAGUCUUGACACCGGCAUUUCAAGACGGAAUUUAUGUCCGGUGUGAAUUUCCUAACUUCAUAAUCACAGCACUUGACAAAAAGAGCAAACCUACAUUUUUGGACUCCCUUUAAAGGCAGCCCUGUCACGAGUAACAUGAACGAGGAGGAAUUAACUAAUUUUACAAAGCUCUGCAAACUUGAUGAAUGCAUGAUCGUGGCUGAUGAAACACCAAGCAGUGACAACAAAACGAUUGAUUUUAUUAUCAGAUGUGUGAUCCCUUCUAUCUACAUCAUAAUUAUUACAGUGGGGUUAUUAGGGAACAUAACCUUGAUAAAAAUAUUUAUCACCAACAGUGCCAUGAGAAGUGUACCAAAUAUUUUUAUCUCCAGCCUUGCUGCUGGCGACCUCUUACUGUUGGUGACCUGUGUACCAGUUGAUGCCUCAAAGUAUUUCUUUGACGAGUGGAUGUUAGGGACUGUGGGCUGCAAACUCAUCCCUGUCAUACAACUUACUUCAGUGGGCGUUUCUGUUUUUACACUUACUGCUUUGAGUGCCGACAGGUACAAAGCAAUUGUGAACCCCAUGGAUAUUCAGACAUCUAGUGCUGUUCUUUGGACAUGCAUUAAAGUCGUUGCCAUCUGGGUCCUUUCUGUACUUCUGGCCAUUCCUGAGGCAGUGUUUUCUCAAGUGGUGCAUAUUAGGGCUUCUAAUGUCAGCUUUUCUGCCUGCGUGCCAUACCCCAUCUCUGAAGAGAUGCACCCUAAGAUCCACUCAGUACUUAUCUUCUUGGUGUAUUUCCUCAUCCCAAUCAGCAUCAUCAGUAUUUACUACUAUCACAUUGCAAGUACAUUGAUAAAAAGUGCACAUAAUAUGCCAGGUGAAUUUAGUGAGCAUGCUAAACGACAGCAUUCAAGCUUCUUCAAGAGAAAGACAUCAGAUAUUCUUUUGGACCCUUUCCUGUUGGUCCAGUUCCCACUUCAGAACAAGCUUAAUAAGAUGGAAACUCGAAAAAGGCUUGCUAAAAUUGUACUGGUGUUUGUAGGAUUAUUUGCUCUCUGCUGGUUUCCCAAUCAUGUCUUAUACAUGUACCGUUCCUUUAACUAUCAUGAGAUCGACUCUUCCUUGGGGCAUCUAGUGAUUACAUUACUGGCUCGGGUGCUGAGCUUCUGCAACUCCUGUGUCAAUCCAUUUGCACUUUAUUUGCUUAGUGAAAGUUUCAGAAGACAUUUUAACAGUCACCUACACUGCAGAAGGAAGCGGUACCGAGAGAGGUCAAUGAGCUACUUACAGAGUUCAACAGCCAUCAGGAUGACAUCACUGAAAAGUAACACUAGAAAUACUGUCACAAGUAGCAGCUUACUUAAUGGACAUAGCAUUCGACAUGAAGUAUCCCGGUAAACUGAAGUCCAUAGCUAAACCUAUAUUCACUUUGGACUUGCAUUGUAUGUUACUCUGAAGAAUGAAUACACAAUGAAAAGUGAUGUUUUCUCAGAAUAAAUGUUGUGUAAGACAGGUACGCUACAAAUAUUACAGACCAGAAAGUUGAUAAGAAAACUUUCCUUAAUCAGAAAUGGAACAAAAUGAAACCUGUAGGAAUCCUGUUGGAUACCUUUCACAUAUGCUUAUUUGCAUGACAUGAUAACAAACUGUAUUAUAAUGAAGGUAUUUGUAUUCCACUGUUUGCUUUCCAUAAAAUAAAUACAUAUUGCUUAAUGGUGCUGAUGUGAAACACCUGCUUAUGGAUGGAUAGGAAAGUUCUGGUAGCUGGCACUACCAAAUCAUAAAGCACAAUAAUUCUGCCACAUAAACUACAUGGCUAUUAAUGUGUACAAUUCAUCUGUACUCACAAAAUAAACUGAAUGUGUUCUUUAUUGUAUAUAUCUAUCAUCACAGUGUUAAUAACCAACAUUUUUUCUGCAUUUUCAAAAAACUAUGAAACAUAGCUCUGAAAUAGAAUUAUCUGUCCAUGCUGAAAUUACAGAACUGAGCAAACCUGUUUUAUUUAAGCAAACACCUUAUAUUUCAACAGUUAUCUGAAGCAUGUAGUUGGUGGCAGCUACAAACCAUAAAUACUCAAUACAGUUUAAAAAUUCAAAUUACUAUUUUUUUCUUCAGCUGUUAAAAAUACUUGGAUUAAUCUCUAUCAGGAGGUAAGCACAUUGGCUCUUUUAUACACUGAUUUAACUAAAGAUUUAAUGCAAAAUAUGUCAACUCCUCAGUUAAUUUGAACAAAUGUUACAUAUGUCAGAAAUUCCCAAUUGCAAUCAUUUUAUGCAGUUUUUGUAUGCCCUUUUUAGUUAGGGCUAUGUGGUGUCUCUGCCUUGCUCUAAGCGUGAUAUGUACAUUUCAACAGAAAUAAUAAAAUGAGUGCUUCUGUGAAAACAUAA